AGUUAUCUAAAUUCUCGAGAUUUACCGAUUUCCUCCGGUUGUACUGCUUGUGGGUUUUGUCUGUUCUCAUUCUAUCGCACGUGAAAAUGAUGAAGGCAAGAAAUGAGGGAUUUUGUAACAUCGUCUGCAUGAAGACGUUGUUCUUCGUGUUCAGUUUCCUUUUUUGGCUUGCAGGACUUGGUAUUAUGGGAGUUGGAAUAUGGAUCAUGGUGUACAAAAGUGACUAUCAGAGCUUGCUGGAUAGUGAUAUAUAUGUCAUUAUUCCUGGUCUUAUGAUUGCAGCUGGAGUUGUGGUUGUUAUUGUAGGGAUCAUAGGGUGUUUGGGAGCAGCCAAAGAAAAUCGCUUUUUCUUAAUUUCAUUUUUAGUGAUGGUGAUCUUGAUUUUCAUCCUGGAAUUAGCUAUUGGAGUUCUGGCAUUUGUUUACUCUUCCAAGAUAAAAGAUGAGAUACAAACAUCAAUAAAGGAGAAAAUGAACCAGCAGUAUGGUGUGAAUGAUGCUGUCACUAAUUCAAUUGAUACGCUACAACAAGAGAACCGAUGUUGUGGUGACACUGGUGGAAAGAGUUGGAAUGGUACAUCAUGGCAGCAAAGAGAUGGAAAUGAGAAUGUUGUUCCCGACUCAUGCUGUAAAACAGUUUCUGAGGGGUGUGGCAAAAGAAUGCACCCAUCAAAUAUCAAUAAUGAGGGCUGUUUGACACAAGUAGAAGAAUUCUUUCAAGAACAUUUCUUCAUUCUUGCAAUUGUUGGAAUAGGAGUGGCUUGUCUACAGCUUAUAGGAAUUAUCGUGACUGUGUGUAUUCUUCGAUUCGUGGAGGAGUAUUGAAUUCACGUUUGAAGUCCUCACAAAGCAGAUAUGCAGCCACUGUUGUGACAUUAGUUGGUGGAAAACGUUUGCAAAAUUGUCAUUUUAAACCUUGUAGGGUGUGCUUCUCCAUACGAUGUAUUUAAAAGUGUACACGAACACAAGUACCUAGAAUUUUCGAUGUUCGUUCGCUUUUUGAGUUGUGCAUCUUGCAAAUACUGAUGUGUUUAUAGCACUUAACGAGCCGUGUUUUGUUCCGGGCACUUUCUGUUGACCUCAGCAAAUGCUCAUCAUACACAGCAACUUUGACAUCACGGCAGGAACAGCGAAGUUCACCCACUCGCGUGUUUACAGAUGUAUGGCAUAUUAAGUAUAGCUGGUAGUUUGAAACAUGGUUGUAUCUUGUAGAGAGUUUUUAAGGUGCCUUUUGAGGGUAGCAGUCAGGAGAGGUGUAUGUGGAUGAUUCACAAUGCAAUUUUAUGGCUAACAAUGCAAUUUUAUGGCUAAAAAGAAAGUUGGUUUCCUUCUUUAGAUUUCGGCCUAGGUUAAAUUUAGUGUAAAGUUUAAAUGAGUUUGUAAAAUGGUGCAUAGAAAUGUUGCGAUGAAUAUUUUGUGUAAAUUGUUUUGUUUGUUAUUUUUUAAUUGGAUCUAUAAAUUUGUUUUUCUUUGAUGCUUUCUUGUAUAAAAAAGUUGAUAAUGCUUAUACACUCUGAGUCAGAUCCCGUGAUCAACGAAUAAAUUUCUAUUUUUC